AACUACGUGACUGAUAAGGUCAAAAUAGAAGGGAGAAAAAAACACGUGAGAAGGGAAGAUAUAAGGGAGAGAAGAGAAGAAAAACGUCAGAUAGAGAAGUAAAGUCAACAUAAAAAAAAGGAAGGACAUUGACUCAGCAGUUGCAGUCUGAGGGGACAAGAGAAAGAGGAAAGCUCAGUGUGCAAGUGUGUGCUGAGUUUUACAUUUUGUUGUUUUUCUCCUGCCGUGCAAUCUACUCCAUGGAGGACACACAGGUGGCCAGGACCAUAGAGCUGAAUGAUGGCACACGAAUGCCAGUUUUGGGUCUGGGAACAUGGAAGUCCUCACAUCUUCCCCGCACCUCGGUCCAGGGUGCAGUGGAGACUGCCAUUGCGGCCGGCUAUCGCCAUAUAGACACUGCUUUCUGCUACAAAAAUGAAGUUGAUAUUGGCAAGGCUCUGCGCUCCAAAAUAGAGCAAGGCAUCAUCAGGCGCCAGGACAUGUUCAUCGUCAGUAAGCUGUGGUCUACCUUCCAUGCCCCAGAGGACAUCCCUGUGUGUCUGAAUAAGUCCCUGAAUGAUCUCCAGCUGGACUACCUGGAUCUUUACCUUGUGCAUUUUCCUGUUGGCCUACAGAAAAUUGGUGAUGAGUUUUUCCCGAAGAAGGAUGGAAAGAUUCUGACCUCUGACAUAGACUAUGUAGAUGUAUGGAGGGGAAUGGAAGCCCUGCAGGCCUCAGGGAAGGUGAAGAGUAUUGGUGUGUCCAACUUCAGCAUCCUGCAGCUGGAGAGACUCCUUGCUCUGUGCAAGGUGCCCCCUGCUGUCAAUCAGAUCGAGCUACAUCCCUACCUGGUGCAGACAGAUAUGAUAGAGUUCUGUAAAUCCAAGAACAUCGCUUUAACUGCCUACAGUCCCUUCGGCUCGCCUGCCAGACCCCCAGAGCUGCUCGGAGGAGACACAGAUCCACAUAAGCUCCUGGAAGACCCAGUCAUAACAGACAUAGCCAAGAAGCACAGACGCACCACUGCACAGGUAUUACUGAGGUACCAUGUGCAGCAGGGUAUUUCAGUCAUCCCUAAGAGCGACAAGCCUCAUCACAUCCUUGAAAACACAAAGAUCUUUGACUUCAGUCUGACUGAAGAAGACAUGACAGCACUGAGAGGACUAAACCGAGGCUGGAGGACUUUGGCCCUUGAAGAGACCAAGUCUCAUCCAUACUACCCGUUUGAAUAAGGCUGCCAGGAGAGAAAAGAGACAGCAAAAUGGAUCUUCUGAUCAACAUCAACAAGACACAGAGCAGCUAAGUGCAGUCUACCUACAGUAUCACCUGCUGUAAUUCAUCAGUGCCUUAUUUACAUGAUGAUAAUAAUGAUGAUGUGAAAGUGAAGACAAAUCUAAGGACAAUUCAGUUUCUCAAUGUUAUGAAUGUGACAAAGAUCAGGGCACUGAUAAGCUCUGAGAAAUGAGAUGCUAACUUUUAUAAUUUUUUCAUUUUAUGAAUAAAAUAUUGUACAUUUGUUUUUACACAGAUCAGUUUUAAUUAAAGUCAGUAUGACAGGUUAAGACUUACAAAUUAAUUAUAAAUUAAAUUACAACACACUGAGCACAUUAUUUUUUAUUACAUACACUUUCAGUAUGUGUGUUAAGGUUGGCAUUGCUGGAUGCACCUUCCAAAAGCAUGAAGCUCUUCCGCUGUAACAAUUUGUGCUUUGGUAUCUAACAGAGAACAGACAAACCUUUUCAGUCUGUAGAUCACUUUAAGUCUGUCCUUAUAAUUAUUAAAUAACAAACAAAUAAAGCAUUUAAUUAAUGUACUAAAGAGGCAGUGGUUACAAUGUCUGUUGUAGACAAUGUCAGUUCCACAACUUUUGGUCACCUAAAGCAGAUGGAGCUUGGAGCUGGAAUGAGGAUGAGGAGGCAUGUCGCUCAUUUUGAUGGUAAUGUGUUCCACCUCAAUGGUCACCUGAUCCAAUACCUGGCAGUGGAAGUGUGCCUGUACAGUGCUAAUGCUCAGGCAUUUGUUACUCAACUGUAGGUCUUGUAGGAGAUGCUCCACAAAUAAAAGCACAACAAAUUCUUUCUUCCGGCCCAUUGCCCUAACUAAACAGUGUUGUGGGUUUGGCACUGGUCUGAGAACAAGUAGACAAAAACAGCUUUGUCGACGAUUGUUUUUGGACUUUAAUUACAUGUGUCACUGGCAGAUUUGAUCUGCUGUAGCUAGCAAACUGCUUAAGCUAAUGUUAGCUCCAGGAGUAGCUUAAAAACAGCCUCCAAAAUUGAAGGAAAUAAACGGCCUUGAUCCGUAUGAACACAAGGAGUGGUCGGGUAAUAUCAGCAAGUUAAAAAGUGUAACAAUUAUGGACAUGUUUUCCUACCUCAUUUGUGGUGUAAGUGCUUACACAUCUGAGCAGUUUCAAAACUGUAAAUUUCGAGGCCCACCUUCCAUUCACUAAUGGACCAGAAAAUCAUCGUUUGCACAAAAGUAGUUAACCUCAUCGCCACUCACCACACACAUCUCUUUGUGUCACCACUUCAAACUCAAGAAAACAAUAUCCUUUUCCAAGGCCAACACUGCAUCACAUUUAGUCAUUACAGUUUGUCUUUCACUUAGAUCACAUUUUGGUUACCGCUAAGUUCAUUGAUAAGUGUGCUUUCCAGUCAAAGCGGUGGUGGAGUCAUUGCUGUUGUUGUCGCUGCUGCAGUUUGUUCUUUCCAUUUUGGACUAGUUUCCAUCACGGUGAUUAACUAGUAAACUAAAAAAUUGUAAA